GCCCGCUGGUGACGUUCCGCCGCGGCCGGAAGUUGCCGUUGGGAGGGCGCCCCGCGGCGGCCGCGUCCCUGCUGGCGGCGCCUGGAAACGGCGCCGCGCUUCCCGGCGCUUCCCGGCGCUUCCCGGCGGCCGCCCGGAGCGGUCUCGGAGUGCUGCUGCUGGAGCUCUGUUCUGCCCUUGUUCCCUCAGCCCUUCCUGCCAGAUUUUAAUGUUUUUAUAAUAUGGAAGAAUCAUCUUGGAAGCUGCUCAAGUAAACAUAUAUAUAGUCUAUAGUUCAUUCUCCAGAGUUAAUAGUUUAUGCAGCUUAAAGAGCUGCCUGUUGGCCAUCAUGAGUUCAUCCUCUCCAGUAAACAACUCUGUCACAGAAACUAGAAGCUUACAUCAUGGGGAAUGUGAGUUACUACAGAAGAGCAAUGAAUUGGAAUCGGAUGCUGUUUUAGGUCUCAGAUGGAGACUUCUUCAAGCUAAAAAGGAAAAUUUGGAUUUAACUAUUCAACACAAUCAAGAAGUGUCCAACUAUGAAAAACAGAUAAUCAAAUUGCGGUCAGAAUUUGAGAGAGGAGAGGCCAUACGACAAAGCUUGGAGUAUGAAUUGGCGGUUGCCAGAAAAGGUGCCCAUCUGAAAAUGUGUACUGCAGAAGAAGAACUAAGUGAUGCAAAAAACAAACUUGUGGAGCUGCAAGUAUUCAAUGAAAACCUUCAGCAGAAAGUGACAGAGACCGAGAAAACGUUUCAAAAUGCUCAACAGAAGUGGGAAGAAGAACAGCAAAGACUUGCAAGGGCGAAGGAUGAUAUCAGCAGAAUUUAUAAUAAUGAAUAUGUAUUCCUUCUUAAGGAAAGAAAUGAAGUAGAAGCGAUUUUACUGGAGCUGAAUAAUGAACUGCAAAAUACACGCAAGAAAUUGAGAGAUGUAGAGGUGGAACACAGUAGCUGUAGUGAGAUGCUGAGGUGCCAGGCCAAUGAACUUAAAUGCAGCACUGAACGAGAGAAGAAACUUGAAAAGGAACUUGAAGCAGCUGCAGCGAGAACAAAGAAACUUGAAGAAAACAUUGAAGCAGAGAGAGCAGCACAUUUAGCAUCCAAUUUCACUUCAGAGAUCAUCCAGUUAAGAAUUCGAGAACUUGAAGAAGCUGUGCACGUGGAAAAGGACAGACGAGAAGAAGCUCUUUCAGACUUAGAAAUGAUCAAGAAAGAGUUCAAAAGGUUAGAAUAUGCAUAUGAGAUGGAAAAACGCAAUGCCCAAGAGAACUUGGAAAAACUCAAUGUAUUAGAAAGAGAGUGUUUCUCUUCAAACAAUCAAAUGAAAGAAGUGAUUGAAGAAAAGAAGAAGGUAAUUAUAGACCUCUCUGCAAGACUAGGGAAUGCUGAAGAAAGCUGCAGAGAAUUACAGAGUGAACUUGCAAUGGCCAAGAAACACCAGGUCUUUCUAACAGAGACGUAUGAAAACAACAUGAGAGAGCUGGAGUUACUCUUGGACAGCUUUGCUAUGUCAGGCCAGCGGACAGCAGGCACUUGUGAGGACAAAGAUAAACCUCUGAGCUGCUCUGUCAUUGAGACUUUGAGGUGUACCUUGACAGCUUACCAGAACAAGCUGGAAGAUAUGUCUAAUGAGCUUGAGAAAACAAAGGCUUUGUGUAAAAAGGGGACAAAUGAACUUGAAGUAUCUGAGGAGAAAAUGUGUGCUUUAAGACAAGACCUUAAGGAAGCUCAGGAUACCAUGGCUGAUGCCAAUAAAGAGUUAAAUCAUCUGCACGCUAAGUGUGCAGACAGAGAGACUUUAAUAGAAACUUUAAAAAUGGAACUACAGGAUGUUCAGCAAUGCUGGGAGAAAGAGAAAGUACGUGCCACAGAAUCUGAAAAUGAAAUCCAGAAGCUUACCAGGGCUUACCAGAAGGAUAUGGAGGAGAAACUAACCUUCCUUCAUAGCUUAUACCAGCAUUUGAUAGCAGGCUGUGUGCUUAUAAAACAACCAGAAGGCAUCCUAGAUAGAUUCUCUUGGCCUGAGCUUUGUGUAGUCUUGCAGGAGAAUGUUGAUGCCCUGAUCUCAGACCUCAACAGGGCUAAUGAGAAGAUAUCUCACCUGGAAUAUGUUUGUAAAAACAAGUCCAAUACUAUGAAGGAGCUUCAGCAGAGCCAGGAAGAUGCUUUUAACAAAAUGGCUGAACAGAUGAAAGCACAGGAAAGCUGUUGGCAGAAUGAAAAAAAGUAUCUGGAACAGCAGUACUCAGGUCUCCUUGGGGAAGUUCAUGCAAGGGCACAGGAAUACCAAGAAACAGCAGAGAAAAAUAAGGAAAAAAUUUAUGUCCUUGAAAAAAGUCAAGAAAAAUUGGCUCUUGAAACCAUCUCUGUAAAAAAGAUGUUAACACAGUUUCAGAAGGAGCAUUCCUCGCUCUUGGCAGCCUGUGCACUAUUGGCAGGUGCCCUGUAUCCUCUGUAUGGCCGAUUGUGUGCUAUGUCUUCCCAAAGAAACCUUCUUCAGGAUCAGGUGAACAUUUAUGAAUUAGCAAACCAGAAGAUUAGGACUCUAGUUCAUGCUCUCUCUGAUGAUAAGGAAAACAGUCAAGAUGAUGCAAAACUAAAGAAAAGAAAAUCCCAAGGCCUGAUUUAUGUAUUCCGAAGAGCUGUGAUUGCAGUUUUGGCAGCCAACAGACUUAAAGUUUUAGCACAGUCUUCUAGUACCUUCUUCACCUGGACAAAUGGCUUAAAAGAAGGCAUUGGAAUUCCAGUUUGUGUAGGAGAAUCCAAAGGCAAGCGUAAUCUGUCAAGUUGUGAAGAGGAAGAGCUUGACUGUAUGGAAGCACUCAGCUGGUUUGCUAGUUCCAACCUCCUUGCUGCAAUAAUCAGUUCCGUUGCUGAGUUGCAGGAUGUCGUUAACAAACCAGGUACAACGUCCUGGCUUUCUGGAAAGUUACUUUUAAGUGCAGCCAAGAAUUCAUUUUCAAAACUUAUGGACAAGUUGAAUGUUAUAAUGGAGACAGUUCCAUUAGACCACAGCAAGUACUUUACUUAUCUGGAGAAAGACUCCUUGGUACAGAGCCUGGCUCAUGGACUUAAUAAAAUAAAUACCCAGGCCCUGGAAGCUGGAUUGUGUGACAGUGUAUCCAGUAUGAAAAACAUAGAAUCCUUGCAGAAGCAAAUAUUUGAAUUUACACAAAGACUUCAUACAGCAGAAGUGGAACGUCGCUCACUGCGCCUACAACUUACAGAAUUCAAAUCAAAUUUCAGUGAGGUGAAAAAAGAAGCAGACAAAGCACAGGGCCUGCAAGAGCAAUUAAAUAUGCUUAAGCAAAAAUUAUUCACCCAUGAGAGGUUUGAAAGUAUAUGUGAAGAAUUAAAUAAUGCAUUACAUCGGGAGCAUCAGGCACAAUUGCUUUUGAAUGAACAAGCACAACAGCUACAGGAGUUAAAUAAUAAACUAGAAUUGCAAUCCAGUGAAGAAGCAGAUAAAACUCAAGUCUUAAGUGAAUCUGUAAAGAGUCUCUCCGAGGCAACGAUGGAGCUGAGAAGAAGAGAUCGAUUUCUGCGUCAGCAGAAUAGACUUCUUACCCAGCUGGAGCAGGACAAGCGUCGACUGAGCGAGAGCAUCCGUGAUGCAGAGAGUGCCCUCUGCACGGCAGCGAAAGACAGAGAAUUGUUCAUUAGUCAUAUGAAAGCUGUGGAAGACACUCUUCAUAAGGUCAGAGAUCAGGCCUUGCUGCCGUGUACUGCAGCAGCCACGAAUGACUUCACCCUGGAGCUACCCAAACUGCACCUGGAGACCUUUUCAGAGGAAGGGCUGAAGGGCAGGCCAGAGGCUGCAGCAUUUCAGGCUGUGAUUCAAAGUUUCACGGAAGUCUACCAACUUGUAGUUUCCAGAGCUAAAAUAUUAGUGACAGAAACAGAAUCUCUUCAGCUUCACAUUGCAGCCCUAACGUCCAGGCUCCAAACAGCUAAUCUUCACGAAAGUGACCUUACAAAUGAAAACAAGGCAUAGUUCAAACAUCAGCAUGGCUCCAAGCUAGAAAUUCAGCCUGACCAGAGUUCUAUCCCAGACUUUUUGGCAUUGCAAGCUGAACCUGACACAUCCUACAGUGUUAUGCAAAACAGGGACAGUUCUCUGUCUUCAAUCUGUUUCUUCAGCCCGGAUGUCACAUCCAAUCCCAGAAGAACAAUGGAAAAUGGAUUUUCAGAUUCUAAGUAUCAAUAAUCUUCUAGAAGGGAAAAAUUAUAUUAAUGUAAAAUGGUGCAAUUAAAGUGUAAUUUUUUUGCUAUCUUUGAAUUGUAGUUCAGCAUUUGUAUUUUUUGACAUUAAUUUUAUGGUUUUAUGAAAAUGUGCAUUUGUAUGUUCACAUUUCUGCACUUGUCAGUUUUGCAUACUGAAGCUGUUAUUUCUUUAAACUUUUAUUUAUUGCAGUUGUUCAUUUUUUAUGUGGUAUAUUUUUAAAUGUUAAAGAAUGACACAUUUUGGGUAAUUUUCCUCAGACUUAAAAAAAAAAAUCAAUAAGCCAUUUUAGUCUCUAUCUAUCAAAGUUGUUUCAUACUUGUCUAUUUUAAAGCAGGACUGCAAUACUUUAAUAGGAUUGAGAGAGCUAUUUGAAAUGUAUGCCAAUGAUUCCUGUCAUUUCAUGGCAGCCCUGCCAUGGUUCACUGAGCCCCCUCUUUUCUCUUGUCAGCUCAACUGAAGACAAGCAUUUAGUUGCAAACUUUAAGCAGGUUGUGCAAAACAGAAAUGAUGUGACUGCUUCUCUUCCUGCACAAUAAUGUCACUGCUGGUCAAUGUGAGAAGGUCAGGUUGCUCCUUGUAAAGCUACAUGAUACCACUUGCCUAUUUGAACAAGUUAAGUUAACCACUGAAUCUGGUCCCUGCAGGCACUGAAAACUCACCCUUUUAUCAAGUCUGCAUUUCAUAAGAAAGAAGAACAAUUGUGGAGGGAGGAUUUCUGAUGAUAUGUUUAUAUACUUUAUAAGGACAGUUCCCAAACCAGUGUUGCAAGUAAUGUAUUUAGUUUAAACUGAAAGACUAAAAAGUAAUGGCUGUUUUGACCUUCAAAUAGACUCCUUUUUUGUUGUUGUUGGUAGGACCCAAGAGUGACGCCCAUCUUUGAUGCUGACAGAAUUUAAAGCAAGGCCAUUGCCCUGCAUUUUCUGCCUUGUAGCACACAAAAGUAAAAUUGUAUGUCAGGCCGAGAUGUCGGGGAGCUGACAAGAUGCCCCAGUGACAUUUCAGCUGGAAAGAGCAAGUGUCUUGCAACCAAGUGGUCAAAUAUCAAAUAAUAGGUCAAGCAGGAAGGAGCUGAGUUCUAACCACAAAGAGGUUUCUGGUAACUUACUUGACAAGCUUUUGGGUGCUUUGUGGCUUGACAAAGUGAUGUUCUGUUGGGUAUCGCUAGACAGACUGUUCUUUAUAGCCUUCAGAAGAUCAGACAUUGACAUUGAUUAAACUCUUUAACCCUUAAAGGUUAAAUCCUAGCAUUUUCCUCAUUGUGAAUAAAAAAACAAAAGAAAUUUUUUAAUGCACCAUUUGUUUUCAUAUUAAUCACAGAACUCCCUAGUGCUAUUAACUUUUGAUGUGCUGUGUAGUUUUUGACAAAAAAAUUGAAUGCAAAAUCUAUAUAAUAGAUUGUUUCUCAGUAUGGACCAGUGAUAUAUUACAAAAAUAAUAUUAUGCAUUAUGGAAUUUGUAAUUUCCUCUAAUAUGUCAAAUGUAGGAUUUGAUUUUAAAGCUUCGUGACUUCUACUUUCCAUCCGUUCCAUUUUGGAUGGAAAAGAAUAUUUGCAUAAAUGAUGUAUCACUUAAAAUGAAUGAAUAUUCCAGCUCCCCUUCUUUCAGGUACUCUAGAAUCAUUGAAUAUCCGAGUUGGAAGACACCCACAAUGAUCAUCAAGUCCAAAUCCUAGCCCUGCACAAGACAAUCUCUAGAGUCACACUCUGUGCCUGAGAGCACUGUCCAAACGCUUCUUGAACUCUCUUAGGCUGGUGCUGUGACUGCAUCCCAGGGGAGCUGUUCCAGUGCCCAGCCACCCUCAAGUGAAAGUCCUUUCCUUGAAAUCCAACCUAAACCUCCCUUGACACAACUUCAGGCCAUUCCCUCAGAUCCUGUCACUGAUCACCACAGAGCAGAGAUCAGUGCCUGCCCCUCCUCUUUCCCUCUUAAGGAAGUCACAGACUGCAAUGAGGUCUCCCCUCAGUCUUCUCCAGGCUGAACAAACCAAGCCACUCCUAAUGUACCUUUAGAUUUUCAAUGGCAGAUCUUUUAUCUAAGGUAGCUUCAAAUUUUCAGGUAUUCUCUAUUGUGCAGUCCAUUGCUCACAGCCUUGAUGUGCAUGUAUGUGUGUAUAAUAAUACAGAGCCAUGAAAUGCCAAAUAAUAAAUCCUGAAUAACUCCUACAUGUAAGAGCUGGCAGAGAAAGAACAUUCCUUUUCUUUAUGUAUUUAGUCUUGAAUACUAAAGAAAAAAGUUUUUGUUUUUCUCCAAGUGUCAUGGCUCCGAUCUGUCAUGACAGUGACUGCUCUUAAAGGCGCCAUAAGUACUGUAUUCUGCUCUUCCAAAUUUAAUGUCAAAGAUCUAUUAUAUUAAUAUGAAGGAUGAAAGAAUAUGUCUCACUGAUCAUUUUCCUCUCUGUGUAUAGAUGCAUUUAAGCACUUUUUAAAGUGUAUUCUCAUGGUACACUAUAGUUUGAGAAAGUAAGUGACUGUUUUUUACUACAUGGUCUCAGAUUGCUGAAUAUUUGCAGUUUACUUGUCCCUUUCCCAUCAUUGCUAGUCUGUGUGGCAUGUAGAGACAGAAAAAGGAUUUAUUUCUGAAAUCCAUAUCUUACUGAGAGUAGGAGUAUCUCCUCCAGUUACUCCAGUUACAGCUCCAAGCAUGGGUUUAUGUGAUUUUGCAGGGACCAUAACAAUGGCAAACUGACUGUAGUUAACAGGAAUUAUCUAACAAGAUGUCAUUUCUCCAAAGAAGUAGUUUGUAAGUUUUCAUCGAAGGAGAACAUCUACUCCAUUCACUCUAUUUAAAUAUUGACUAACUGUGAGUUACAUACUAUUUUUUAGAAGCUAUCCACUUGGAAGGGGCUUUGAAAUAUCUUAUAUUUGGCUUUCAGAUUUCCCAUUUGUAAUCAAAAUCUCCUCUUUCUUGCAUUGUGAAGAAGCUGAGAGUAGUAAACUGGAUUAUCUAGUGUGAUACUCCUGAGUUGCUUUUCCGUGCAUUUGAUAAAGUGAAAUUUGAGAUAAAUUCCACAUAAGUAGAAGAUCCCCUGUUUGUAGUUUACAAAUUUAGUUUGUAGCUUAUCAAAGCAUAUUUUUACUUAUCUUUUGGAGACACAUAAAAGUCGUGCUUGUGUAGAAUGUGUCAAGGCAUACCAUAACAGUAGCUCCCAAAAGAGUAUCCUGUUUUAUACCAACUACUCUGCCUUGCUUUGAAAAUUACAGAGCUUGAGAUCUUGAUCGUUACUUUAGAAGCUUUUCAUUUUCAGAGCCUGGAAUUUGAAGAGGACUAGUUCCACUGGUGGAACUAGUGUAAUCUCAGCUUCAUCUCUGCACUCCUCCAGAAGAACAACUAGUUUCCUUAGAAGAAAGACUGUAUUUGGUGGGGCUAAAAUACUCUCCAUUGAAUGUGGUGCAACAAAUGAUUGGCUUUCUGGUCAGUCUCAAAUUAGUAUUAAUUUAUCUACCCACCAAGCAACACAUCUCUGAAAAGAGACUGACUGUGUAAUACAUUAUUUUUUUCUCUGCAGUAGG